CGGUUUCCUUAGUGUUAGCUAAACAACAUCACGACCUUUAAAGUGGCCAACCCCGGUCGAAUGAAGUCCGGACACAGGUUUUAGCAUGUCAAAUUUUGCCAUGAGUGCACUGUGCCGUAUUUUAACUAGGGGAGUGUAUUGCGGCCCGUCGUCUUGUUUAUCUGUAACGGGACUUCGGGAUUUUUGCAGCGGAAUCUCGCGACUGGACCGUGCUGGCAGUGACAGCCCUGUAAAUUUGACCUACGAUGUGUUUGAUGGGAAAGGAGACAGCACGCCAUUGGUGUUUCUUCAUGGUUUAUUUGGGAGCAAAUCAAACUUUCACUCCAUAGCCAAGUCCCUGGUUCAGCGGACUGGCAGGAAGGUGCUGACAGUAGAUGCUCGCAACCAUGGCAAAAGCCCACACAGUCCUGUCUUGACCUACGAAGCAAUGACUCACGAUCUGAGGCAUCUGCUUGGACAGCUGCACAUUGGGAAGUGUGUCCUGAUUGGACACAGCAUGGGCGGCAAGGUUGCAAUGACAACAGCUUUGUCACAGCUUAGUUUAGUGGAACGUUUGGUGGUCGUGGACAUUAGUCCCUCUCCGACUUCAGCCCACACCAGUUUCCAUGCCUACAUUCAGGCAAUGAAAGAGGUGAAGAUAGCCAGUAAUAUCCCACGUUCCACAGCACGAAGACUGGCUGAAGACCAGCUCAGGAAGAUCGUUAAGGAGCGUUCAGUGCGUCAGUUCCUCCUUACUAACCUGGAGGAGCAAAAUGGUCACUAUGGCUGGAGGAUUAACCUGGAAGCCAUCUCAAACCACCUAGAAGACAUCAUGGGUUUUCCUGAUUUUAAUAACACCUAUGAGGGUCCAACUCUUUUCUUGGGUGGCAGUAGUUCAGCCUAUAUAAGCUCGGAAGAUUACCCUGAAAUCCAGAGGCUCUUUCCUUGUGCCGAUAUCCAGUACAUCCCAGAUGCCAGUCACUGGAUUCAUGCUGACAAGCCUUUGGAUUUCAUCAGCUCCAUAAUAACCUUCUUACAAUCAUAGUCCUUGUCUCAGGAAAGGAUACGCACAGGUGGGCCCAAUCAUAAAGGGACAGUGAAUGAAUUGUAAGGGUAUGGACCAAGAUGACUUUUAAUGAGUUAAAUCUAGUCUCUUACCUUAUAAUGCACAACUGAAUCGUUACAUAAUUCCGGAUAGUUAGUGUAUUCAUUUUUUAAUGUGGUAUUUGCACUGUGGCUUAACAUAGUACAUUAAAUGCAAUUCUAUCAAGAGGAUAUGUAGAAAUCUGUCCAUGACUUUCAAUCAAGGACAUUUGUUUGUAGCUCUCAAGUAUAACAUGUUACAUAACAAUGGAUCCAGUGGCUUUAAAAAACAAAAUACUUUAACUUCA